AAAACGUAACACUAUGUCUACCUCAACAGUCGAACACAACUCUUACUUAGUUGAGAACUGGGAUACAGAAACCCUUAUCAAUUUUUUGAAAGAGCAGAACCUAAAGCUCGACGACGAUGACUUGGGAAUACUCCGUAAGAAGAAAAUUGCCCGACUUGCAAAAGAGGUCCAGGCUCUCAAAGAAAAGCUGAAGCGUGUGUUCUCCUCAUACAAGAGUUUGAGUGAGGUGUUAGCGAAAUACGGUAUUGAUGGCAACGGUACAGACACUAUCCCACUUUUUUCACUGCAGUCGCUGAAAAAUUACGGAACUUUGGUUAUGGAUAGCUUGGAAGCCAUGCGCAAUGAGUACAUUGUGGCCAUUCUUCAUUCCGCUAUAAAUAUAACCAGGGAUGACACAGGGAAAGAAUUAAGUAUGAGGCCUGAAUAUGAAGUAAUAGGUGAAGAAAGCUCUGGGCAGGUUGAUUAUGCGAUCAAGGAUGUCGAGAACCUUAUUUGCAUUACAGAGGACAAAUCACAGUGGAAUGUAAUCGAAGGCUUCGCUCAGAAUAUCAAACAGCUUGAGAGUUCGUAUGAAACGAACAAGAGAAAAAUUUCUCAAGGAAGCAAGCUUCCGUUAAGUAUCGAAUUUUCCAAAGAUGCUUUGGAUAAAAAGUCUGCAGAAUAUCAAAAGCUGUGUAAUGGCGUGAAAAAGGUUUUAAGUGUGGUGGUAGGGAUAAUAAAGGAUAGGGCAUGUGUGGAGGAAGAACCUGAUAGGAAGAAGGCGAGAGUAGAGGCCAGAAUGUGCAGGUUCUGUGCAGUAGUCACGGGAUAUAUAAAUUCUGAGAUGAGGACACGAUGUCCGCUUCUCAAAGUUUGGCUCUUUUUUUUUAUAUGUAGUAUUGUAAAGUAUGAUUAA